UCUCUCCACACUUUUCUUUCUUUAUUUCUCCAAUCUCUUUAAUUUCUCUUUUCUUUUCUUAGUUUUGCCCCUCCCUUGCCAUCUCUUAAUUGAUUUCUAUAACAUAUGUAAGCUAAAUUAUAAGCAGGGUCUAGCUUGUUCUGAGGCUCAGUUGCAGUAGAUUAGAUAGUUAAUUAGGUGGAGAAGUUGAGAGGAGAGGAGAGGAGAUAAGAGAAUGAAGGAAAAUGGGAGGAAACAAGGGGCGGCCUCCCCUUGUGCUGCAUGCAAACUGCUUCGGCGGAGGUGUGCUCAGGAUUGUGUGUUUGCUCCUUACUUCCCAGCGGACGAGCCCCACAAGUUUGCCAGUGUCCACAAGGUCUUUGGUGCCAGCAAUGUCAACAAGAUGUUGCAGGAGUUGCCCGUUCACCAGCGAGGCGACGCCGUCAGCUCCAUGGUUUACGAGGCAAACGCUAGGGUUCGAGAUCCGGUUUACGGCUGCGUGGGAGCCAUAUCUUCGUUGCAGCACCAAAUCGACGUGCUUCAGGCGCAGUUGGCUGUGGCACAGGCGGAGGUCGUGCACAUGAGAAUGAGGCAGUUCUCGUCGAUAUCAAGCCCGACCGCCACCAGCUCGCCGGAGAAUGGCUCGCCGAGCACGGCGAAGCACGCGCCAUCUCAGGCCAAGUCCCUUUUUAGCAUGGACAUGGUGAUGGAUCAGGCCAACAUGGGGGCGUCCCUGUGGUCAUGCUAGACCAUAUGAUCAUCAUGAUAAUUAAAUUAAUUAGUUAAUUAAUUAGCAUGCUCUCUCUCUCUCUCUUUAUAUAUAUAUAUAUAUAUAAAUACAUAUAUAUAUUGGCUUAAUCUUCCUUUAAUUUGGGUUGCUAUCAUGGUGGGUCUUUGAUUUUCUUUGUUGUCUGCCUCUUUUAAUUUCUUGCUUCUGCUUCUUAAUCACGUACUUACACUUUUUUCUCAGAUAUGUUAUACCGACCCAGAGCCUGAGGAGAUGAUGAUGAUAAUUAUUAACCAUAUUGUAAAUGUCUCGGCAUAUAAUUAUGAGUUGUUAUAUAAUCAAUUAGUUGACUGCUUUUAUUAAUUAGU